UCAGCUCAGUCCGAUCGCUCGAUCCAUUCCCCGCUCGGCAAUCAUGGAGUUCCCGCACCACCACCACCACGGCCACCGCCGCGACGACGACGAGGACGGGCGCCGGGGCCCGCCGCCGCCGGCCUACGGGGGCUACGGCCAGCCGCCGCCUCCGGACCCCUACGGCCGACCGCCCGCCGACGACCCCUACGGCCGACCGCCCGCCGCCGACCCCUACGGCCGACCGCCCGCCGACGACCCCUACGGCCGGCCGCCGCCCCCCUCCGCGUACGGCGCGGGUGGGGGCUACGGCACCGGCGGCGGCGGCGGGUACGGCAACGUCGUCCACGUCGGGCACGAGGGCGGCGACGAGAGGCGGCCGCACUACGGCGGUGGCGGCGGCGGGUACGGGGGUGGCGCGGCGGAGUACGGCCACGAGGGCCGCCCGCACUACGGCGGCGGCGGCGGCGGCGGGUACGGGGGUGGAGGGUCCGAGUACGGCCACCACGAGACCCGCCCGCACCACGGCGGCGGGGGCGCGCCGCCAGUGAGGCAGCAGACGUACAGGAUCUACUGCAAGGCCGGGGAGGACCAGUUCAGCCUCGCCACCCGCGACGGCAAGGUCUGCCUCGUGCGCACCGAUCGCGACGACGACACGCAGCACUGGAUCAAGGACAUGAAGUACAGCACCAGGGUGAAGGAUGAGGAAGGCUACCCUGCCAUGGCCCUCGUCAACAAGGCAACUGGAGAGGCUCUCAAGCAUUCCCUUGGCAAGUCACACCCUGUUCGUCUGACCCGAUAUGAUCCAGACACCCUGGAUGAGGCGGUCCUGUGGACAGAGAGCAGGGACGUUGGUAACGGAUUCCGCUGCAUUAGGAUGGUGAACAACAUCUACUUGAACUUUGAUGCUCUGCACGGAGAUAAGGACCACGGUGGUGUGCGCGAUGGAACCACUCUUGUGCUGUGGGAGUGGUGCGAGGGUGACAACCAGCGCUGGAAGAUUGUUCCCUGGUGAACAAACAAAUGCGUGGCUGCGCCACUCUAAGCAGCUCCUGUCUUAAUAAAAGCGAAGUAAUUAGUACCGCGGUUUCUGGAAUAAGCGGCACCUCUCAAGGUGCCUGCGUGUGAGUCCGUUUUCAUUGUGAUUCUACUUGCACGCUAUAAUUUGUAAUGCGCCAUAUGACACCAAGUGGCAGCGAUUGUAUUGUUCGAACUGAUCGUUGUUUACAAAGUGUGAAGAAUGAUGUAUGAACCUUUGCUUGAUACAUGCUCUGCUUCUCACAGCGGUGAUUGUUCAGCAUGUUAGAAAUGGUUUUGUGUGAA